AUGUAUCGUGACUUUAUAAACGAAUACGAAUCGUUAGGCCAUAUGACACGUGUGAAUAAGGUUGAAUAUCCUAACUUUUUCUUGCCGCAUCACGGUGUUUUUAAAGAGCACAGUUCAACCUUCAGUUCAGUUCAUUCAACCACUAAGCUUCGUGUGGUCUUCGACGCGAGUGCUACAACUACUUCUUCUAAGUCACUUAAUGAUAUUCAGUACCCGGGACCGGCUCUUCAAAAUGAUAUCCCGAGGUUAGAACUUUGUGGUGCUUUAUUAGGCGCAAAACUUUAUAAAAAAAUAAUCGACGUUAUUCGUUUAACAUUUUCAAGGGUCAUCUUUUGGACUGAUUCGACCAUCGUCAUCGGUUGGGUUAAGAUGUCACCACAUCUCUUAAAGCCGUUCGUACAAAAUCGCGUAACUGAGUUAAACGAGCUGACAGGUGACUCCGAGUGGUUGCAUGUGUCGAGCGAGAACAACCCAGCCGAUUUAUUGUCUAGAGGAUUAGCCUUUGAUUCUUUGAUUAAUUGUGAACUUUGGUGGAACGGCCCGUCUUACUUGCAAUGUCAUAAUAAUUUUAAUUCGUUAAAUAAUAAUAUAAUUAAUUUAGAAAAUUUGUCUGACUUAAAAUCAAAUGUAGUACAUAAUUUUAGCAGUUUCGAAAACUUAAAUUUUAUUCAAUUUAAUAAAUACUCGUCUUUCACAAAACUUAAACGCGUAUGGGCCUACGUACUUCAAUUCAUAAACAACGUACGAGGGGGCGAGGCUAAUAGAUACAAAACAAAACACACCGGCUCGUUAUCAGUGUUCGAACUAGAGGAAGCGCAGUAUACGUUGAUUCGUUUUGCACAAAUGCAAUCCUUUCCGACGAUUUAUGAUAAUUUGCUGAAUGAAAGAAGUUACACAGGUAAUAAUAAAGAAUUAAAUCGUGUAUCUGGAUUAAACGUGUUUUUAGACGAUAAAAAAUUAAUUCGUGUUGGUGGUCGACUUCGAAACGCAUCUAAUUUCGAUUUUAAUAAAAAACAUCCGUUUUUAAUGUGCGAUCCUACCGAUUUCACUCCCCUCACUCCUGGUCACUUCCUCACGGGCCGACCGUUAACUUCGCUGCCAUACGAGACCAUUUCUGAUGCUACAGGUCUGACGAUGAACCGGUACCGCCGUAUAGAGCAGUUGCGGCAGCAGUUCUGGCGGAGGUGGUCCAGAGAAUACAUCGGAGAACUUCAACAGAGAACCAAGUGGAAAACUCAUCAUGACGAUUUAACCAUUGAUCGUCUCGUCCUCAUCAAAGAUGAAAAUUUACCAUCACUUAAAUGGCGUCUGGGACGCAUAACUCGCAUUUACCCGGGGACUGAUGGUGUUACACGUGUGGCCGACAUCCGUACCGCAACCGGAACGACGAGGAGGGCGUUUUCGAAAAUUUGCCCUUUGCCGCUGCAGCCAUCCAACGAUGAAGCCUGAUGUUGGAAGCCGGUGUUACCAAGGCGGGGGGUAUGUCGCGGCUUAGCAAGCAACCCCAUCUAGUGUGCAGAUGGUGGGGCUACACGUGAAGUUUUAAAUGGUUGCCACCGUUGUCCACUGUGUGGCGCUGAAGCCAUCGAUUCGGAUUCUUUUUUUAUAUAAAUUCAUUUAGACGGUGACUAGAAAAAUAUAAUUUCGAAAUUAAACGUAAACGCUCCGAACAUCUCUCUUGUAUAAAAUUAAAAAAUAUUGUAAACCGCGAUAUUAAACGUAGUUCAAAUUA